GCUCUUUAUACCACAAACUACCGAGUGUGUAAUCAGUGACAUUACUGUGAUGUGACUCCUUUGACCAAACGUGUCAAUUUAAGUUCAAACGCUCAAACAGUAUUUUGUUUUUCUUUGCCAUCUUUCCAUUUUUGCAUUGUACCACACUGAAGGUAAUAGGAAUAGGCGAUUGUUUGACAACAGAGUCUUCGAGAAGGAGAAAAAACAGGAGCAGGGUCGUCCGAGAGUGACAACUGACAAAGAUGGACGUGCAAUUGGCCGCUUGAAUCGCAUACGACAAGACGAUUAUCGAUGGCUUCGGUCGUCAGUGAGUCAAUCAACGAGGGCACGCCGCAAAUGAACAUCACCGUCGAAACGGCCGAUUCGGUUUACUUUAUCCUGUCAUCAGCAUGGCGUGCGGGAAGAACUCAAUGGCCGCAGACGGCCGCUGAGAAGGCCGCUGAAAAGAACGAAUAUUACAAAGCUUAUGAUCCCUUGACUGGGCUCAAAAUUGCAGCCACUCUUUCAGGAUUCUUGACGAUGGCCGUCCUCUACGUUUUUUAUAAGGCAAAGUGCAAGAGGUUGAAAUUCAUGCGAAGCUCCAGCGAUGAGGAUUCGAUAGUCAUCGACCAGCCGGUGUCUCAGCCGCACUUACACGAGAGCAAUCCAGGGCUAACGGCCGACUCUUCGGCUUUCUACCAGGUCGAAGUGGAAUGCGGCAGCCUUAACAAGUUUCAACAUCAUUGCGAAUCGGGACGCGAAACGCCAUCGGGCAGCAUCGUGACAUCGCAACAGCCAACACUGCAUCAAUCGACUGUGACAAUCAAAUCGUCUCAGCCUCAGUAUUACACCGAUGACAGUGAGAUGCCAGCCUGGAAGAUCUAUGCCAAAGAGCUAUUUCUUUAUGGAGGCUCGGGUUUAUGGCGAUCUGCCAGUCUCCAAAAAGGAAGUGAUCCCGUUCUACUGGUGGCCCAGUCCUCUUUCGACGAGACGAUCAAUAGCCGCAGUCAACGGACUGGUAGUUUAUCAGGUUCCGUGAUGGGUGGAUUGGGUAUUUAUCGGUGCGAUUCUCGUAAGCCAUCGUCCGUAUGCGCCUACCCGACGCGCAACAGCCAGUCACGCUUGCAAGUGCCGAACGUGCAAGCGAAAACGGCGUGCGUGUCGCAUCUGCAUCGCCAACGUUCGUUGAAUCGUCCAGAUUGCAGCCGCCAUGACGAUGGAAUGGCUGGUCGUGACCAACAGCUGCAAAGUCCGUUCAACAAAAAGAACCUACCUGGACGGUCGGUUUCGUUCCGUGAAAGCGACAUGACCAACUACAGCCGAAGUAAGCGCGUUGCACGCAGCCGACCGGGAUCGUUGCACAACAAUCGGCCCGAUUACAGCCGCCUGAGGAGCGGCAGUUGCAGUAACGCCGAAACGGGCCAUUUGCGGCCCGAUACUCUUCCAGUGGGCCAUCGCAGAUCGUUUCGAACGCCGUCCAGGCAGCCGUCGAUUCGAGAGAACCGCCGCCAUGUCAUUACGCCUAGCACGUCGGUUGACAUCCCGAUACCAUCCCUACCACCGCCAUCGCCGCGUUCACGUUUAGCCGUCGUGCAUCGCAUUCACAUCCAGCAGCCGGAAGAUUCCAAGAAUAAAUCGACGUAUUGCCGUUCGGCUUCGCUGACCAGUGAGCCUCUCUCUCGCGGAUGGCGAUCAUCGAUAGCUAAGAUGAUCAGGGCGAAGAGCACGAGUGGCCAUUCGGUUAGAUCCAACGGCGAACGGACCGAAUGUUCGUCGCCGAAGAACCGCCACAAUCGAAAUCAAAGCAGCCUGGCGGAAACGGGCCUGGCCGGCACGAACCAGGAGGAGCGUGAUAACUCUCAACGCGAAGGACACAUCGAUAUUUGCGUGAUCCAGGCAACGCCGGCAGCUUCGCCUUGCACGAGCAUCCGCAGCACGUUCAGUGGCGAUAGUUUGGACUCUUCGACGGCCAAGAACAUCCCAGCUUAUUCGAGUUUCCAGCCGGCGGCCGUCAUGUCGGUGCGCGAUCGUCGAAAGUGUUUCGCUCGCAUGAAGGGCCAAACAAUCGAUCACGACAAUGCGUUGGCGAUCGACACGUCUCUCUUAGCUCCCCCAAUGAUUGAGUACAACGUUGGCCUCAGUCCGUCUUCGCUCUUGUCUUACCCGUUGGCCGAUUUACGUUCGCAUCGCUCCAGUAGUCCGGCCCGCCCUUCAGCUUCCACUUGGCUCCAAGUGUUCAACGAAGAGCGGAAUCCGUUGAACUGCCAUCCGCCGAUUAAGAGACCAGCUGUCGUUGGUACCUGCAAAUCGCGAGCAUCGACGGUAGCUGGAGAACACCUGGGCCAGCUUCCACCAAGGGUGGAAGGUGAAGCUGUGAAAUGCAGUCGGCCGACUAGUCAAGUUUCGAAUGCAAGUCCGACCUACCAAACGACCCAACAGAGCACUCAAUUUCCAUUUUGAAUGUCACAUAACGUGUCGGUUUACAUAGACUCGAUGCAGUCAGUAUAUAUCUAUCUUUGACGACGCAAAGUUAUGGAACGGAGAACGAGAUGAUGAAUGUUUCCACUCUUGGAUUUUCAUAUAGGUGCACUCAACUUAUAGCAAUGUGAUAAGGUAAAAUGCCAACCUUUUAGGCCUGACUAGCGGUUCAAUGAAUGUUUGAAAGGAACUAUAUAUGUGUGGUUUCUUGUUAUAACUAUUACAAUUUGUAAAAGGGCAAAUUCAAACAAACAAAACAAUGUGUACCGUAAUUGAUAUGCACGUCAUCGUGUCUCAUUAAUGAUAAGUCAACCAAUGUUUUCAUUUGAUUUUUGUUUUCACCCGAUACAUGUGUGCGUUUUUUUUUUGUUUCCAUACUGACCUGGACAGUGUUUGAAUAAUUGGAUCAUUUCCUGUAGCAAUACAUGUA